UGGUUUGCCAGCCCAGCAGCUUUAUCAACAUCAAAUAAUCGAUUCAAUUUGUGGUUGGUGUUUACGAAAAAAUUUCCAAAGCAAACUUUCAUCCGUCAUUACAAACACUUUUCGAAAUUCUCCUCAUCGUCCAGAACGGACUUUGUUGAAUAGUGUACAUCGGUUUAGUAGCUCACAAUUCGUCAUCAAACCAUUACAAACUGGUCUUUAUUUUUGUCGUAAAAUGUCGUCUUCCUCAUCAUCAUCAUCAAAUUAUAAGGCCAACGUGAAUAACAAUAUAAUUAACAAUGGUACUCACAUACUCAAGAACGGCCAUCACAAUAGUAAUAUUAAAAUGUCUGAUGACUCGUCUACAUUGGAAAACGAUAUGAUAUCACGAUUACCUGAUUUAAGCAUCGAACAUAUUCGAGAACAAUUACGGCAAUGCGACCCAAACAGUAACGGGCGGCUAGAAUUAAGUAUGGAUGAUUCAUCAGGAAUUGCCAUCUUAUGCAUAAAUAGUCCACAACGUAAAAAUGCUUUUUCCGGUUACAUGAUGGCUCAAUUCUCAGAUUUGCUCGAUCAAUUAGAACGUUGGGACAAGGGUCAAUUUAUCAUCGUUCAUGGAGCGGAUAAUUUUUUCUGUUCGGGUGCCGAUCUAAAAACUAUUCGUCAAAAUAAUUUGUCCGAUCAAUGUGGAGCCCAUUUCAUUUCCCGAUUGAUGCAUUCAAAUUUGACACGAUUCGAACGACUCCCUUUGGUUUCAGUUGCUUUGAUCGAAGGAAAAGCACUAGGCGGGGGAGCCGAAAUAAUAACCGCUUGUGAUUUUCGUGUCGCUGUUCAUGAUGCUCGUAUCGGAUUUGUUCACGCACGGCUGGGCGUUACACCUGGCUUUGGUGGCGGCACUCGUUUGAUACGUUUAGUCGGUUCUUGUAAAGCUCUACAAUUAAUGUUAUCAGCCAAAUUGAUCGAUGCACAAACGGCUUACGAAACGGGCCUUGUACAACAUGUGCUUGAGCCCGGUAUACGAGGAGAGGAAGCACUGGAAGCUACCAAACGAUGGUAUCGUACUGAAUUUGGUUCAAUCAGUUCGUUUGCAUCGCGUGCAAUCAAAUCGAUUGCAGCUACUGGACUUUGUAAUAUUCCCACCGAAAAGGCAUUGGAAAUUGAAGCGAAUAUAUUCUGCUCAGUCUGGGGACGUGAAGAACAUAUGAAAGCAUUAGCUAGCAAUAUUAAACAUAAUGGAUAAUUCUUCAUUCUUUGAAUCUUUAGAUAUAAACCCAAUCAUAAAUCACCAUUUAUAUGUCAUUAUAAAAUUAUCAAUUCAUUUGUCAUUUGGAUUCUAUUUCUAUUUCACUUUUUAUUUGUUGUUUGUUUUUCAG